AUGGCCAACUUCAAAGCUGCAGGAAUCAUCCCAAAUUUCUACAUGAUGCUUGAUUCUUUAUCUGGGAUGAUCCACACUUGUCCCUUCCCUUCGUCUUUUGGCAAUGAAUAUAUACUAGUGGUUGUUGACUAUGUCUCUAAAUGGGUUGAAGCAGUGGCUACCCCACAUAAUGAUGCUAAGACUGUGAAGGUUUUGAAGCAAUAUAAUGUGACACACAAAGUAGCAUCACCUUAUCACCCCCAAACCAAUGGGCAAGCAGAAGUAUCAAACAGGGAAUUGAAAAAGAUUUUGGAGAAAAUUGUAGCUUCUACAAGAAAGUACUGGUCUAUCAAAUUAAAUGAUGCUUUAUGGGCAUACAGAACAACAUUCAAGACUCUGAUAGGGUUAUCUCCAUUUCAGAUGGUGUAUGGAAAGUCUUGUCAUUUACCAGUGGAGAUGGAAUAUAAAGCAUAUUGGGCCUUGAAGUUUUUGAACUUUGAUGAAACCGCAUCCAGAGAACAAAGGAGGCUACAACUUUUGGAGUUGGAAGAGAUGAGAUUAACUGCUUAUGAAUCUUCAAAGCUGUAUAAAGAAAGGGUUAAAAAGUAUCAUGAUAAAAAGCUGCUUAAGAAGGACUUUCAGCCAGGACAACAGGUGUUGCUUUCCAACUCAAGACUUAAAUUGUUCCUUGGAAAGCUUAAAUCGAAAUGGUCUGGACCAUUUACCAUCAAGAAAGUCUAA